GAACGAAAGUUGCGGGAAAGUUCUCCCAACUGCUCUUGUGACGUGUACGCGGGGCGCGUUUGUUACUAGUUGUAUCGUGCCACGAGGGCUUGGUUUCGAUACACACGCGUCGUUAUAUUUUUGGAUUGUUGUCGUCUGAUUUGCGGAAAGCUUGCGUGCGUGACGGAAAUUAGGCUGUAACCGUCGUAAAAGCAGGCUAGACUAUCUCCAGACCAGCUCGACGGGCGCCUUGACCUAAGUGAAAAUCGUCUAGAUCUACACGUGAAUUAUAAUCUAUCAAAAUGAAGAUCGACACCAAUAUCAGCAGCACUCAAAUGCAGCAGAACUGGACGCGUUACAUGGUAAUGACCGAAACCAAAACGCUACGGAAGCCAGUUCAAUUCGAAGAAGAAAAUAAUGUACAAGUUUCUAUUGAAACUGAUAAAUCUAUGCUGAAACACUUUGAUGUUAUCAAUCCGGUCGAGAAAGGCAUUCAGAGCACACCAUGGAUUCUAAACACUCCCGUAUCGACAAUGCACAAAAGUUUGAUUUCCGCAGGAAUAACGCAUUACGAGGGUGGAUGGCCAAAGGAUAUCGACACACACGAUGAGGAGGUUACGGCUAGAUAUCGGAGGAAACAGGAAAAAAGUGAGACCUAUCUGUAUCAGAUGAAAGGAUUGACCAAGACUAUGGAGCAUGCAAUACUUCAGAACAGCGCGUGUGAUAUCUACCAGAACUACUUUGAGGACAUCGAACAGCACGAGUUAAUUGAACAGUUCAGCUCAAAAACCGUACACGUUUAUAAGGAUUAUCUAGACGUGAGACGUUCCUGCAGCUAUAUCAGUUGGUCCGAGGAAGGAAACCACUUCACCUCAACUCAUUGCAAUAUUGGAGAGAUGAACAAAACGGUUACGGAUUCGUAUAUAUGGGAUAUAGAAAAUCCAAACAUACCGCUGCAGACACUGGUUCCUCCCUAUCAGGCACGAUGCAUGGAAUACAACUUCAAGGAUGGCUGUCAGAUUGCCGGGGGAUUAUUCUCGGGGCAGGUGGCUAUCUGGGACAUACGAGUAGCAGCCGAACCGGUUGAGUUAACACUUCGGGAGGCCAGCCACAAAGACGUUGUCACUAAGGUCCUUUGGACAGGCACAAAAACAUCAAACGAGUUUCUGUCAGGAUCAACGGAUGGAAGAAUUCUUUGGUGGGAUAUGCGAAAUCUAAACGAACCGUACGACUUCUUGAACCUAGCUCCAAAGGAUGGGAAAAAGGAAGACCCAACGCGGUGCUUCGGUGUCUGUGCAGUUGAGUUCGAACAAACCAUGCCGAAUAAGUACACUGUUGGUACGGAGAAUGGUAUAAUUUACAGUUGCAGCCGGAAGUAUAAAACGCCAGCGGAUAAGAUUCAAGCUCUAACCCGAGCUCACACCGGACCGGUUUAUUCUGUUGAACGGAAUCCACUGUUUAUCAAGAAUUACAUCAGCGUUGGGGAUUGGCAAACUAAGAUAUGGACCGAGGAUUGCCGUGAUAGUCCAAUUGUAUGGACCAAGGAAUACGGAGUUCAAUUAACUUGUGGAGUGUGGAGCCCAACACGUUGUUCUCUGGUCUUCAUUUGUAGAAUGGAUGGAGUGAUGGAUGCGUGGGAUGUAAUACAUCGCCUUGAUGGUCCAGUGCUUCGCAUAAAGCUUUCAGAUUUCCCACUGCUUUCUUUGCGCGUUCACAAGAAUGGAAAACUCAUAGCUAAUGGCACCAACGCUGGGGCUAUAUAUUUGACAGAGAUAUCCGACAACUUGACCUUCAGUUCAGCCAAUGAUAAACCAGCACUGUCCGGAAUGUUAGAGCGUGAGAUGCGCCGACAACGGUUACUUGAAGCUAAGAUCAAGGAAAUGAAACUCAGAGAGAAGGAAUUGGAGCGGGAAAGAAUCCGUCGCCAGAUGCGCAUGGAAAAAGAAAAUUCCAUCGAGGAUGAAGAAGAGGAGUUGGUCGUAGACGCCCAGCACCAAUUCUGGACGAAAAUACACGGCCGGAAGAGUUUGAAGAGCACCUUGAAGGGUAUCCGGAUGAGAGAUGCUGGUGUUAAUUUGCUGAAACCGGGCAAAAAAGUUAGUAUGAAGAAGGAAAACAAGUGAAGAUGUUUUGGAAGUGAUAUGUCUUCAAAUUGAGACAAUAAUGGAAACGAAUUAUUCAAAAAUGUAUUUGUAUAAAACAACGGAACUCAUAUCUUAAUUUAGAUUGUGUAUAAUUA